CUGGGCUGGGGCGGGCAGCCCGCGGGUGUCAGACGGCGGCGGGAUCAAAGCCCUGGGCGGUCCCAGACCCCUGGGAGCUGCUGGCCGGGGAGGGGGAGCGGAGCAGGGGAUAAAAGGCCCGGGGAGCCGCCGGGCGGCCGCGCUGAGCCGCAGCCCCCGGCAGGAGAAUGAGCGGGGCGGGACCCGCACCCGGCCCGCGCCGCUUCCUCAGCCCGCGACUCUUCUUCCCCGACGGAGACUCCAGCCGCUGCCCGCCGCCCGCCCGGGGCAGCCCCCUGGCCCGCCGGCCCGAGCCCCGAGCAGGGAGCCGCCCGGAGCCGGAGCGGGGCGCGGGGGGCUGCCCGGCGGGGCCCCGGCGGAGGAAGCGAACCACGUUCAGCCGGGGGCAGCUGUGCGAGCUGGAGCGGGUGUUCGCCGCGCUGCCCUACCCCGACAUCGGCACCCGCGAGCGCCUGGCCGAGCGCACCCAGCUGCCCGAGGCCAAGAUCCAGGUCUGGUUCCAGAACCGCCGCGCACGGAGGAUCAAGAGCGGGAAGCUGGAGCGGCCGAGCUGCGGGGGGGCUCUGGCCAGUAAACCGCCCCCCUCCUGCCCCCCACCGCCGCAGGGCAGCUCCCUCCUGCCCCAGUGCCCAGGGGCCAGAAGCCAACAGGUGCCCGAGCCCCGCCUGCGGGACAGCUCCCCCCAGAGGUGCCCGGGCCCAGCGCUGCCCAGCCUGGGCUCUGCCUUCCAGGGCCAGCUCCUGUGGGAGGACAGCUGCCAGCCCCGCUGCGGCCAGGGGGGAGCCCAGUGGUCACUGGCCAGCCCCAGCCAGGCGGGGGUGCAGGGAGCAGAGCCCAGGGCUGGUGAGGGGCUCCCCUACUGGGACAUGUUCCCUGCACAGACCUCCCUAGGGUACAUCUCAGACCUCAUCUACAACGCGGCCAUCGUCACCAACCUGGGCGAGCCCUAGGCGUGGGCCCGGCCGAGGCGGGUGCUGCAGGGGGCAACCAUCAGGCCUGGCACCUUGAGCUCCUCUGAAGUUUGGUACUGAGCAGCUGGCACCAGGCACUGCUGGGCUCUGUGCUGGGCAUUUGGACCUGCGGUGCCAGCUGGAAACUGCUGCCCAUGGCCAUGGGGGCAAACCCAGCUAGCGAGGCCAGGCUGCCAUGGGAGGAGCAGCUGCCAACCUGGAAACGGCCCUUAGCUGUGUCAGCUCCCUGCUGCUAGGCUCCCAACCCCCACUCCAUCUAACCACUAGCCUGAAUGGCAGCUGGGCCCUGGAGUCUCUGGGUUGCCACAGGACAUGGAGGGUUAAGUGUCUGAACCCCUGCGGUGGUACCUGGCUGAAUUAAUCUGGAGGGAGGCUCUGCUCCCAGGGUGUGCAGCGGGGUGACCUCUGGCUCUUGGCUUUCUUGGGUGUGUGCUUCCAAAGCAAUUCCGUAACAAUAAUAAAUGGGUGGCCAUGCCCCCUCCCCAGCUUAGCACUGUAAUUUUCAUUAGAUCGGAAGUAUUAUUGCACUGACUCCUUAAGAUCUUUGCAAUACCAUCCAAUAUCCUAAAUGCAGGUCUGUGCAGCGGGCUGGCAAAGUGGGGCUGCAGCCCGGUCCUGCAUAUCACAAUCAGUGGUAAUACCAACUAAUCUUUCAAAAAAAUACCUUAAUCUCAGGCUGUAUUUGCAAAUGAUUGUGGCCGGGCCCCCCCACGGAAUUUAUCUACAUUACCUAAUCCCGGCACCAUGUAACAUUUCCAGGUUACAAAAUAGAUUUGCACAUAUCAGAAAUAUUAAAGCGUGUUUUUAGAAGGGGCUUAGCA